AACAACAUAAAUAUGCCAUAAAACAAGGCCACCAGCAGGUGUAUUUCUCCAGCACCCUGGAUUUUUCUAGCCUUUUAACUUUCUGCUGAAUUCCACAGGUUGUCUCAGCUUCCGGACUCCUUUUGGCCGCAAUGAGUUGGGGGGCUCUCUACGCCCAGCUAGGUGGCGUCAACAAGCACUCCACCAGCCUGGGGAAGAUCUGGCUUUCUGUCCUUUUCAUCUUCCGCAUCACUAUUCUGGUCCUGGCUGCGGAGAGCGUCUGGGGAGACGAGCAGUCAGACUUCACGUGCAACACGCAGCAGCCCGGCUGCAAAAACGUCUGCUACGACCACUUCUUCCCUGUGUCACACAUCCGCCUGUGGUGCCUGCAGCUGAUCUUUGUAUCCACGCCGGCCCUGCUGGUGGCCAUGCACGUCGCCUACAGAAAACGGGGUGAUAAGAGGAACAUGCUGGCCUCCAAUGGCACUGAAAAGAUGACAGAUACUGAGCUGCAGACGCUAAAGAAGAGGCGUCUGCCCAUUACAGGCACUCUGUGGUGGACCUACACCUGCAGCUUGUUUUUCCGGCUCAUCUUUGAGGGGGGGUUUAUGUAUGCGCUCUACUUUGUCUACGACGGCUUCCAGAUGCCCCGGCUGGUGAAGUGCGAGCAGUGGCCUUGCCCCAACAAGGUGGACUGUUUCAUCUCCAGGCCAACGGAAAAGACCGUCUUCACCAUCUUCAUGGUGGCUUCAUCUGCCAUCUGCAUGGUGCUGAAUGUGGCCGAGCUCUUCUACCUCAUUGUAAAGGCGGUCAUGAGAUGCAUGACAAGGUCCAGCAGGAGGAAACACACUUACCCAGACAGCGUGACACGGGAUAACAAGAAGAAUGAAAUGCUGCUGUCUUCCUCCACAGAUUCAUCCAGCAACAAGACCAUGUGUUAAAGAGAGACAAGAGGAAGGUGUAUACUGUAAAUCCAACCUGACGGGUUGUGUCUACGUCUUGGUUACUGGGAUUUGUCUCACGAGAUGGUGAAACAGCUUUGGAGUCUGUGUAGUUGGGGUUGACUGUAAGGAGCUGACUGAGUUCUCCGAACAAACACAUUGCCAGAUCGUAACGUAAAUAAUAAAACAAGUGUCAAACACUGAGUGGUUGCAACCAUUUUACUGUCCACAGUUGAAAUUUGCUUGAACGUGGCGAAAUCUGCCUGAAAAAUGAGCCAACACUGACAUCUAGUGGUGACAGUGGACCCUUAACGAGCACAAACGCCUUCACAACAGCCUGAGUGAUUGAUU